AUGGGCGUUCGGUCCGCAGCACGGAAGAUGCCCGAGCGGCUGCCCAGCGGCGACGUGGAGGCGGUCUUCAGCCUCAUGGACGAUGACUUCACGCGCUCCAUGUGGCACUUUCAGUUCAGAUUAACAUACCGGCUGAUUUUGCGCGAGAAGGAGCUACACUUCAACAUCGGCGUGUACAACCCCAGCAAGGAGCUGACUUUUAGCUGCCAGCUGCUGCUGCACACGUACUUCAAGGUGCCCGACGUGCGGCGCUGCCAGAUCACCGGCAUGCACGGCUGCAUGUUCAUCGAUAAGACGCGGGAAGGCACAGUCUACCAGGAGACUCGCGACGUGGUGACCAUCAACGAGUGGACGGACCGAGUCUACCAGAACACCAUGCAGGAGCACAUCAUCACCAACGUGGUCAGCGGCCGCAAGAUGAGGAUACAGAAGUACAACUUCCCAGACACCGUGAUCUGGAACCCGUGGUCCGAAUACGCGAAGGAGAUCCCCGACUUCGGCGACGAUGAGUUCCCGAACAUGGUUUGUGUAGAGGCGGGCCGAGUGGCCGCGCCCAUAGUGCUGCUGCCCGGCACCGCCUUCGAGGCCAGCCAGAUCCUGCAGGUAUACUACGAUUCAAGAUUAUAA